UAUUUAUACUUCUCCCGUACAAAACCUCGAAUUAUGGAGAAGAAAGUCGAUCGAAGUGCAAUGGAAUCAAAUUUUAAAAUUAAUUAAAGAUGUCACAGUCGUAGUUGAAUUUAUGUGGCAACAACCAGAAGAAUCUUUAAUGAGAAAUAAAUAUGCGAUCGCAGAUUUGACAGAUGAUAGCGUGAAUAAAUUGCAGUUCGUACUUUAUAGAGAAGAAGAUAUUAUUUACAAUGAAGAAAUCAAUUCCAUCGCACGCAAAAUCGAGUUAUCACGUAUAAUAGGACGUAAAGUUGUAGGUCAAUUGUUUGAUACUGCGAUUAGUCCAUCAUGGUGGUCUUACAUGUGGCUGAACGAGGGUAUUGCUACGUUGUUCGGCGUGUACAUAAUCAAUCAGCACCUUCUAUAUUGCGUGUGCUACAUCAUACAGUGGGUGAUGAAAUUUUUCAAAAAGAGAUUAAUGUGUAUAUGAA